CGACUGGCGAAAUUAAAAUUGCCGGAGUUAAGAUGCCACCUGUUAACGAGAUUGCCAGCUGAUGUAACGCGGGGCAUCUUAGUUGGUUUGGCGCGUCACGUCACUGCCUCAGCUCCGUUGCCCCAAAUUGCCCCUCGUUACUGUGCUUUGUAGGUGAAGUGCAACGUUGGACCUUUGGAAGGCACGACCGAAGCUUCCAUCUGCUCCACCACGUCGACGUUGAGCAACCAGGACCUGAACCUUGAUUUUUACACUCAAUUUGUUAAGCCUCGUCUCCACACAUUCACCCCAUCCAACGGCUUGAGAGCAAUACCGUUUCCACGAUGGCGUGCCCUCAUUUGGAGUCCAUCUCCCUAAGCCCUCCGACAGCUGCCCAGUCUGUCUAUCGUGAGGAUUGCACGCAGUGCUUCGACUCUAUUGACGAUCCAACUGGCCUCGAUGUCUGCCUCCAAUGCUUCAACGGCGGUUGCACCGGCGUCAAGACGCAUUCCCAGCUUCACCACUCCAAACGCGACCAUCCACUGGCUCUCAACAUUCGUCGAACCCGGAAGCAAAUAGUUAGGGACGAGCCUCCGGCUAAGAUGACCAAGUUAGCCAUAUCUGCCGAGACAGAAGCCGACCGCUACGAUGUCCACACCUCGGCCAAGUGCCUCUCAUGCGAUACCGAGAUAGACCUGUUCAACCCCAAGAUCGCACCCGUUAUUGACGGCAUCAUGAAGGCCAAUACGUUCUCGCGGCAGGAAGAGGUCAAGGCUUGGGAACAAGAACUCUCAACAUGCGAGCACACCUUGAUGUUGCAGCAGCACGAGAGCAGAAAGAUUGAGAGUGGAGACUUGGGACACUGUUCGAAAUGCGAAUUGAAGGAGAACCUCUGGCUAUGUCUGGAGUGUGGCAAUCUGGGCUGUGGUCGAGCCCAAUUUGGUGGCGUGGGCGGAAAUUCGCAUGGUCUUGCUCACGCAAACGAGUCGAGUCACGGCGUCGCCGUCAAGCUCGGCUCCAUCACACCCGAAGGAACGGCAGAUGUUUACUGCUACAAGUGCGACGAUGAACGUGUCGACAACGAUCUGGCGCCCCACCUAGCGCAUUGGGGUAUCAUCCUGUCGGACCAAGUCAAGACUGAGAAGAGCUUGACAGAGAUGCAGAUUGAGCAGAACUUGAGAUGGGAGUUCGCAAUGACCACAGAGGACGGAAAGGAGCUCCAGCCCAUCUUCGGUCCUGGCUUGACUGGCCUCAAGAAUCUUGGCAACAGUUGCUAUCUAGCCAGCAUCCUGCAAUGCCUGUUCGCCCUUGAGCCAUUCCAGGACCGAUACAAUAGACCCGGUGCUGAACUUCCGAAUGUCCCUGACCCCGCGCAAGAUCUGGAAACCCAACUGUGCAAGAUUGGAGACGGUUUAUUGUCCGGACGAUAUUCUAAGCCCGAUCCCGAAGUGGUCUCAUCCGACUCAUCAGCAAUUCAUCACCAGAGAGGACUUGCACCCAGCAUGUUCAAGCACUUGAUUGGUCGCGGUCAUGCCGAAUUCUCGACAAUGCGCCAGCAGGAUUCUUUUGAGCUUCUGCAACACCUCAUCAAGCUCAUCACCCGAACUCAACAUCCUGCUCCUCUUUCUGACCCCACACAACCGUUGCGAUUUAUCCUCGAACAGCGUCUGCAGUGUUUGAGCUGCAAGAAGGUACGCUACAGUUCAAAUGAACAGGACAGCAUAUUCAUCGACGUGCCGUUGGAGAAGCUUCCGUCCGUUGAAGGCGAAGGCGAGCGCUACAAGGAGGUUACACUGAAACAGUGCCUAGAUAACCUUACGGCUUCCGAAGUCGUUGAGUUGACAUGCGCAGGUUGUGGCAGCAAGGACGGAUUCACCAAGCGUUCACUUUUCAAGACUUUUCCGGGGACGCUUGUUGUCAAUGCACGCAAGAUGGCUAUCGAGAACUGGGUCCCCCGCAAGGUCGAUGUCCCCGUCAUCAUUGGCGAAGGGCCCUUCAGCCUGGAUGCGUAUAUGUCGCAUGGUCACCAACCUGACGAGAUACUGUUGCCCGAAGAGAACACAGCUGCGGCACCAGCUUUCGUGCCGAAUCAAGCGGCUCUCGAGGGGCUCAUGGCAAUGGGCUUCCCCAAGAAUCGAUGCGACAAGGCACUUCACGCCACUGGCAAUAACGACAUGAACGCAGCUCUGGAGUGGAUCAUGAUGCGCAUGGAUGAUCCAUCAAUCGAUGAGCCGUUUGUCCUUCCAUGUACGAGCGGAAGCACCGCAGAGGUGGAUCCUCAAAAGAUUGAACAAGUUUGCAAUAUGGGCUUCAGCGUGCCGCAGGCCCGAAAGGCGCUGAAGGAGACUGGCAGUGACGUUGAAAGAGCCAUUGACUGGAUCUUCAAUCAUAUGGACGAUCAAGGAGAUUAUGGCGACGAUGCCCCCGACCUCGCGGAGAGUGCCGAGCCAAAGGAGAAGAAAGAGGCGGGCAAUGCUGACCUGCCGGCCAACUUUGAGCUGCACAGUAUCGUUUGUCACAAAGGUAGCAGUAUCCAUGCUGGACACUAUGUGGCUUUCAUCCGCAAGAUCAUCGACACCCAGAUCCCGAAGUGGGUCCUUUUUAACGAUGAGAAGGUGGUCGAGGCUGGUGACAUAGAAGAGAUGAAGAAGACGGCAUAUGUCUACUUUUUCAAUCGCGUCCACUAGGAGAUAAAGACAACCAUGAAAAAAAGGGGGCUGAGAAAUGAGUUAUCUGCCGAUAGGGGGAUAGCGGAGUUCUCUGCGGACUUUUCGUCGGCCUGCCAGUUGCGAGAUGAUACUUGAGCAUAGCGUGGGUGCUGUUUUUGGACCUGUGCAUAGAAAAUUAUGGACCCAGGGUGGGUAAGCAGUGAAUUAUGCAUUGCGUUGAUGAGGUAGAUGAGAGAUCAACUAAGAACAGAGCCGCAGCAUUGUUAGAGAAAAAUAGAUAAUUGUUAAGUGUUUCCCAGAACUGGCAAUCCGUUGCAUAUUAAUAGUCUAGCAAUAAUGAAAAUACAAACAAAUAAGGGC